UAGAGACACCUAAAAACAACAGCCUGUUUAAUUCUAAGGGAGAAAGAGAGGUUGGACAAAGGCCAUGUAAGAAUGAAUUAGUGCACAAUUUUGUGCAAACGUUUGGGUGCCCUGUUCAAAUGUACAUGUUUUUGAAGUAACAAUAUGUUAACACAUCCUCUACAGAGAACACACAUUGUUUAUUGGCUGAAUUUAUCAUCAUGGGAAAAAUCCAUUAUAAAAUGUGGCCUGUGCAAAAGUUAUGGCACAUUAUAUAUUUUAUGUUUUAUUUAUUUCCUAUUAUGUUAAGCCCAGCAAAUAAACAGAAAUUGUGCACUGAAAUAAAAAAAAAGCCAUAUUUAAGUGUGCUCCCUGUAGAGGAUGUGUCCACUCAGAUCAACAAAACAUGUCAUUUGACCAGGGUAUUCAAACGUUUGCUGAGUAAAAUAUAAGAAAAAUGUAUGAUAUGGGUCCUUCAAAGCCUUAACAUUUGGAUUUACAGUGAACAAUGAAAUAUAAAAUAUUUCCUAACUACUAUGAAUGAAGUGAUGACCCCCAUAGUGGCUUUUAGUGUUUCAAGGGUUAAACGUCUUAAACUCUAAGCUCGCGUGUUUGUCAAGUUAAGUCUAGUUAAAUCGGCGAGUGGCAAAAAUUGGGCCACACUCACGCAGAUGUAGCGGGGAAAUACAGAGAGCAGUUCAUAACCAUGCAGUUAACCACAAGAGGAAUGUCACCAUACCUGCUUUGUCCACGUAGAUGGAAUCACAGUAUGGUUUUCACAUAUCAACACUUCUGUGGUGCUCCCUCUCCCUCUCUUUCUCUUUCCCCCUCCCCUACAAAUGAAAACAGAAAGAAGUUAGCCUGCACUAAGAGGCCUAGAUCUGAAAAGCACAAAGCCUUGUAAAAGAAUUUUCCCACACAAACACUUUCUACCCACGUGCUCUUUCAUGCUCUCAGCUUUCGGUUUUUCAUCACUGCCAUCUUUCUUGAUAACUGGUGGUAUUUUGGUCUUUUAAUGCUUCCUCAUCAUAUUGUGCCUGUCUUUGAUCAAUGGGAGUAAAUAUUUGAGACUGGGGCAUGUAAAUUCAGGCGAAAAAUCCAAAAUAUACCCUGGAGCACAAGAGGUUAAGGGGUCCAUUUGGUGGAAAACUAAAGGUUUCUCCUUUUCUUGAAAUAGGAAGGUCUGAUACAAUGAAAAUGUAAAAGAUUUUAAAGCAAUUUCAAAGCAUACCCAGUCUACACAGUCUAUGAAUGGUAGCUAAGCUGCAAAAAACAGUAUUCAGUGUUUUUGUGAUGUCAUAAAACCCAGUGCAUUUGCAUGUAUCCACUUGUUCAACCUACAGCACAUUAGCUCUGUGUCGUGUUGAAGUUAUAAGGACUGUAUUUCAGCACAAAAUGCUCAUAUUUACAUAGAUCACUCUUAAAGGCACAGUAACAAAAACAUUUUAAUUCUAACAGACCAAGAGAUGUUUGAAAAAGGUCAUGCAAAAUGAAUUAAGACUGUUUUUGAUGAGGCAACAGAAAUCAAUAAGCUAUCAAAAAUUUCAUUGGAAAGAUGUUAUAAUGGUAAAAGAAGCAGCAAUAAAAGAGAGUUGGACCAGACAUUGAAAGGGCAACUAUAUAGGACCGUUUAUCAUAAAACCUAUUAUCUUGUCUGGAUCAUUUAUUGUUGUUUAUGGCUAUCAUGAUGACUUUUGUGAAGAGCAUGGUUCAGGGACAGCACCACUGUGUGUGUUUGUGUAGGAGAGGUUGUUGGUGUGUGGGUGCCUGUGUGUCUUUGCAGGAAAGUACAAGUUGGUUUACUGGGGAUGUCCCAUAAAAUCAGGUACAAGCUGUACAGCAUCCCAAACAAGACUGAUAAACAUCAGCUCCAUGUUUCAAUUGGGAUUGGGGCAGAAUUCCUUUCCAUUUUAUGCUCUGUGAUUCUUUCUUUUGGCGUAUUAGAGUCAAGCAAACAUACUGAUAUAGAGUCACUGGUCUUGAUUGGACGACUGUGGUGGGAGGGCAAAUUAGUUUGGCAGCUUAGCAUAGAUAAAGCAGUACGAAGAUUGACCGUAUGAAGCCCAAUCUUACAUCCCCAUCCUUUUUUCACUUCCUGAGCACCCUCGGGCAGAGUUAGCAAGUUAGCAUGUUUUCAUUUUUAUGCAAGCCAUUACAGUUACCGGAAAGCUAUCAAUAUACAGUUGUGUGCUAGAUUUGUUACCUUUAUUUACAUAUAUAUUUCACAAAAAGGCAGGCACAUACAUAUCUACCUAUGUCUUUUAGGGCAUUUUCACAGAAUUGUUGAUUAAUGGGUCUGAUGUGUAUGAUUGUAAAAAUUGUGACCGGACACCAGGGGAAAUAAGAUCAGGAUGGGGAUGCAUGAUCAGACUCCACACUGGCUUGAAUGUUAUAUACAAGAUCACUUAAAUGGGAAUUUGAUUUUCAAAAGUCAUUCAGAGAGGUCUGAGGUGAAAUGCUCCAUUCUAGAGAAACUUGGCAAGUCAGAAUUGUUCACAGUGGUAGUGAUAGGAAUCAGAUAGCUGAAGCGUUAAUGAUUCUAAAGAGCUCCCUCGCAUUAAGUUAUUACAUGAAAUGGUUAUGAAUAUGUUGCGUGAUAACGGAGACAUUGUGAUUUAUGAUAAUUUUGAGAUAGGGUUUUGGUUUAAAACACAUUUUUGAAACACAUUCAUGGCAGAGAAGUACAUGCAGGGCAUCACAGCGCAAAAUAGUCCCCAAAGAAAACUUACUUUUUCAGCUAUACCAUUGUUAUACCUUUCUUAACCUUAAAACUCAGAAGAUACAUGUAGGUUCACUGGUGGUUCUGGAUAGUAAAUAAAAUGGCUGUAUUUGUGUUGUAGACAUAGUGACCCCUUCAGCACCACUGUACAGAAAUCAGAAUUGGCAGUUUUCUCUACAAUGAACCAUUUUACAUCAAGCCACUCUAAAUGGCUUUGUUUACAUUUCAACAACUAAAUUACGCAGACAUUUUUAACAGUUAGGGAGACUGACCUGUUAAGUAACAGCUUAGGCAAUUAAAUAUAACCAGAAGUAAAGGACUAAAUAGAAAAGUAAACGACUGUGUUGGUAUUCCAUUAAAUGUAACUGGAGAAACUAGAGGUCCUUGUUCACAUUGCUCUGAAAUAAUAUAUCAUAUAAAUAAAUGUGCUGAAAAACAUCACAAAUGAUGUCAUUUAAAACCACUCAGCAUUACUAAGAGAUUAGCCACAUAAGAUCCAAGCAAAAUUUACCACUGUGAUAGAAACCAAGCACAGGCAGUUAAUCUAAACUAGCGAUAAAGAGAAAGGAAGCACAGCAUUGGUGAGAGUGAAUGACCACAAAGCUGAAAAGGGUAUGUCCAGAGGAAGAUUACUUUUGUACUUUUAGACAAAGUACCUUUUCUACAAGUGACAAAGAAUUAGACUCAUUUGAGGAUGACAACUCUAAAAGUAUAGACCACUCUGAGAAACGGUAGCUUACAUUUCAUGCCGCAUAGCUUGGUUUCCAACCACAGUAACUUUGCAGAGAAAUAAAGAGAGAGGCAGAGAGAGAGAGAGAGACAAAGAGAGAGAGAGAGAGAGAGAGAGAGAGAGAGAGAGCGAUUGAGAGAGAGAGAGAGAGAUUGACAGAGAGAGGGAGAUAGAGAGAGAGAUAGAGUAAGAGUGUGUUCAUUUCUAUAUAAAGACGGAAUGAAGAAGGGGAAGUCCUGAGAACUGAACAGAAUUGAUGUGUGACACUGAAACAAGCACACAUUGGUUCACUAGUCCUUACACUACAGUACACACUGAGUCAGCAAUGUACAGCCAAAGCCACAUCAGGUUCAAUCUCUUGCUGGGCUGGUGUUGCCUGCUCUCGGUCGCUGUCAUGAUUAUGGCUGUGGUACUUGCUACAGGAAUCAGCAACAAAAGCCCAUCGAAUGGAAAGCAGAAUGAGUCAACAGAUGCUCCUGCCUCAUUUGAUUAUUCUCGAGGACCUCAUUUUGCUACAAAUCAUAUCCAUCUUGUUAGUGGAGAAGGCAAUGGAACUUCCUGGCAGCAUGGCCAAAUGUGUUUCUGCAAGAAUACCUCCCUCCUCCUUCAGGACAACAGGGUCAAGAUCACAGUUGGAGGAUUCUACUACAUCUAUGCCCAGGUCUCCUUGAAGCAUAAUAAUAAUAAUGAUAAGAAUAAGCAAACGGUUACUGUGAUUGCAAAUGAGAACAUGCCUAAAAAAACGAAACGCAAGCUCAUUGAGGCAGAGCAGUACGGUUCAGGCACUGUGUCCAUGUCUGGUGUGAUCCAUCUGACAAAAAAUGAUAGUGUGAAUCUGGUCAUCAGGCCUAUCGAGUCCAUGCCCUUGUUAAAGGAUGAGUCACAAACACACUGGGGUCUCUUCUUGAUUGCUAGUCAAGGGGAUCAUUAGGCACAUGGCAGGUUCUCUCUUCUUAAAUCAGAGUGGAAUAUACUGCAACAUCUUGUGAACAUAUUCCUACACCUAAACAGAAUAUACUGUAAUAUAUUUUCAAUGUAUUACAUUUCAAAUGGGUCAGCUUGAAUAAUGCUAAAACAGACAUAUCUACUUUGUCAGUGCCUUAGCGGUGUCUUAGUAGUCUUAGUCUCAAGGCUGUGCUUUCUGUAUUUUAGCAGGUCACUGAAAGAGUUGGGAGUCAUUGUUGCCAACAAGAAAAAAUUGUCCAAAUUUGACUUCCAAACAAAGAAACUCACUGAUCCAUUUUUAAGCACCUAGAAACUGAAGAAACUUUGUGUCAAGGAGUGCACUGAUUUUCUAAAACUUGAGAACUGUGGAAGAAAAUGGUUUGAAUGUUUAGAAUCUGAAGUUGUCAUAUACUGUAUACAUAAUAUAUACAUUUGCUAUAGCUUGCUGUAGCAAAUCCUACCAUAAAAUCAUCAUCCAAGUUGUGAUUAACUACAAUUUCAUUGAGAAAUUGUACACUGCGUUCCAAAUUAUAACAUCGAUCGGCAGAACAAGAAGCAACACUCUGCACUUUCUGCCCUGGUUUUUGCUCUUCUGAUCUAUGUGAACGGGUGAUUGUUCUCAGCCCUUAGUGGUGUAUAUGUCUGUAUAAAUGUUUAAGAUUUUUGUUUCUUAUUAUAUAUUUUUGUAAGAAUCUUAUUCUGUUCUAGAGACGUUUCAAUGUUUAUAGUAAAUUAGUUAUUUAUGUCUCUUAUUUAAGUGAAUUAACAUUCCUUUCAUUUCCUACAGUAUUUUUUUUCCCCAAGAGUUGUGAAGUACUGUGUUAGUGUGAUCAUAAUGUAAUGUGGUUGAUUUCAGUCUGUAUAUCUAUAUGGUUUUGCAAUAAAAAAAAAAUAUAAAAGCAG